CGGCGUCGGCGUGACGGUUGGACGCGGGCGCGGCACUGCGGGUCCCGAUUGCUGCAGCCGCUUGUCAGUGUGAUGAAGAUUGGCACCCAGGGUCCGUCCAUGGGCCCAGGCUGGCCUCACAACUCUUGGGCUUAAGGGAUCCUCCUGCUGUAGCCUCCCAAAUAGCCAGGACUGCAGGAGUGGGACAUGCCUUGUGAAGGACACAGCUCGUCUGCUCGCAUAGCCACUGCAUCCUGAUGAUGACUGAGUGGUUCCAGCCUAGGAGCUUCUGCUUGGUUUCUGCAGGGGUAUCCUGAGAAGUGUCUGCCACCUGAGAUGUCCUGCUCUGUUUUCCCUCCCAGGACUCGGAGCUGCUCCUUACCUGUCUGCUCAUCUCAGGACCUUCGGCUCUACUCUCCCAGGUGCUCAGAUGCCAUUCACUUCUGCUUCAGGAUGAUUUGAUGUCUUCAGAAAACACCUUUCAAUCAUGAUGGCUACACAGACUUUAAGUAUAGACAGCUAUCAGGAUGGACAGCAAAUGCAAGUGGUAACAGAGUUAAAAACGGAGCAAGAUCCAAAUUGCUCUGAACCGGACGCAGAAGGAGUGAGCCCUCCUCCCGUGGAGUCGCAGACCCCAAUGGAUGCUGAUAAGCAGGCCAUUUAUAGGCACCCGCUGUUCCCAUUACUGGCUUUGCUGUUCGAAAAAUGUGAGCAGUCCACACAGGGCUCCGAAGGCACGACGUCGGCCAGCUUCGAUGUGGACAUUGAGAACUUUGUCAGGAAGCAAGAGAAGGAAGGGAAGCCCUUCUUUUGUGAAGAUCCAGAAACUGACAACUUAAUGGUAAAAGCAAUCCAGGUCCUACGUAUUCAUCUUCUUGAGCUGGAGAAGGUUAAUGAACUCUGCAAAGACUUCUGCAGUCGGUACAUUGCUUGUCUGAAGACAAAAAUGAACAGUGAGACCUUGUUGAGUGGGGAACCUGGAAGCCCAUACUCCCCUGUGCAGUCCCAGCAGAUUCAAAGUGCCAUCACAGGCACUCUCAGCCCCCAGGGAAUUGUGGUGCCAGCAUCUGCCUUGCAACAGGGGAACGUAACCAUGGCAACAGUGGCAGGUGGCACAGUAUACCAGCCUGUUACCGUCGUCACUCCACAAGGCCAAGUAGUCACGCAAGCAUUGUCUCCUGGGACAAUUAGGAUCCAGAACUCACAGCUCCAGUUACAGUUGAACCAAGAUCUCAGCAUCUUGCAUCAAGAUGAUGGCUCCUCCAAGAACAAGAGAGGUGUCUUGCCAAAGCAUGCCACCAACGUGAUGCGGUCCUGGCUCUUUCAGCACAUAGGGCAUCCCUACCCAACAGAGGAUGAGAAGAAGCAGAUAGCUGCUCAGACAAAUUUGACACUGCUCCAAGUCAACAACUGGUUCAUCAAUGCCCGAAGACGAAUUCUCCAGCCCAUGUUGGAUUCCAGUUGUUCAGAGACACCAAAAACAAAAAAAAAAACUGCCCAGAACAGGCCAGUUCAGAGGUUUUGGCCCGACUCAAUUGCUUCAGGAGUAGCACAACCACCACCAAGUGAGCUCACUAUGUCAGAAGGUGCUGUUGUGACCAUCACCACACCUGUGAACAUGAAUGUGGACAGCCUCCAGUCCCUGUCCUCCGACGGGGCCACCCUAGCUGUGCAGCAGGUCAUGAUGGCAGGACAGAGUGAGGAUGAGUCCGUGGACAGCACCGAGGACGAUGGGGGUGCGCUGGCUCCCACGCACAUGGGCAGUCUGGUGCUGGAGAACAGUGACUCCCUGCAGUAGACGUGGCAGCAGAGCCAGUUUGGAGCCGUCACCUGACUUCUUCUUGUUUGCUCAGCAAACAUUUUACAGUUUUAUUUCUAAUAUGUUUUAUAUGUAGAUAUAGAAGAGUGCACUUUUGUAUUUCAUAGUGAGCUUCAAGAGCGUCUUUACUGGUGCAGCGACUUCGUGUGUGUGUGUGUGUGUGUGUGUGUGUGUGUGUGUGUGUGUGUGCCGCUAGAAACAGGAUGAAUGAUCCCUGCCCUUGAGUCCCUAAUUAGAUUAAGGAUCAGCGCUGCCAUUUCCUACAACUGUAUGCAGUUGAAACAGUUCUGUGUUUACAGCAGAUCACAGUGGCUGCGUCUGAAGAUGUGGUGCAGGGGCCGGCAGCCCGCAGUGGGCUGUGUGCACCUUCCCAGGCACAGGUGGCGACCCACGCCACACUUCAGUUCUCUGGUGGGCAGCAAGCCUGUUUCAUUUGCUAUAGAGAAAAAGAAACUCCUAUUUUUACCUUGCUGGAAUUAUUGGAUAAAAAGCUAUUUUUAUAAAUUCGUUAUGAAUUGGAUUAUGAUUAUAUUGAGGAUAAAUUGCUAGAGAAGGAACAGCAUGUGCUUCUUUCAAUUUGGAAUUGCCUAAAUUUAGUGUCCUGCCCACUGCAGACUACCCUUGUGUGGUCUCUUGCUCCCUAGGGAGGAGGAAGUCUACCUUCAGUGCUAAAAAAAACAACUGUCUAGUGAAAUUUUGAUAUCUCCAGAUCCUUUGUUUCUUUGUAAUGCUUGGAACUGCAUUUUAUACUUAUCUACACAGGCCUCUACAAGAACGUGCUCAGUGGGACGAACGGUAAGUGGGGGGCACUCAUACCUAGCCCACCCUAAUUCAGAUCUGACUGCAGUUACAUGGUUACCUACCAUGUUAACUGGGUAUUUUAGAACUUUUUAGUCAAAAUAUGUUAUACAUAGAAUGUUUAUAUAAACUAAUAUAAAAUGUGCUCUACCCCACUGGCUCAGAGCUGGGGUAAACAGCAAACACUCAAACUGUCUUACACAAUCGGAAGACGCCCUGAAGUCCCGGCGAUGAAUUGAACCGUGGCAGUGUCAUGACGAUAGAUCCCCAUCGGCUUACACACGACACACCUGUGUGGCUCUGCUGUUGUCACAUGCUCUUGGUACAGGUGGUUGCCUCCCUUCUCUGAUAUGAGAUUUGAAUGAAUAACUUGGGGGCUUCAUUGACAAGUGACAAGACAAACAGAAGAGUAAGCUAAGUUAUGUCUGGCUUUGAUUUUUCUUGGUCUGCUUAGGAGUGAAGCUUUUUCUCAGAGGAAGCAGUCCCCGGCUUCAUGCAGAGCUGCAGUGUCAUCUUCGGUGGGUGCUAAGGCCCAUCUGCUGGCAGAAGACAGCUAUGGGGCAGCAAGCACACUAGGUCCUGAGAGCUGUGACGAGUGGUUACGGACCAAGGUUAUGUUGGGGUGUCUUUAGGUAGUUCACGCUUUUUCCUGGAUCAAGUGGAUUUCACACCCAGUCAGGUGUGGGGAGCACGUCCAGGACAUGGCCUUGGUCAGUGUGAAGCACGGGGAGGGUCCUUCCAAACACCGCUGGAGCGUCAGCUACAAGGAAACGCACAGCAACUCUCGAGAAAAACAUUUUAGCACCCAUUGCCUUCCUUAUUUAUAAAUUGCUUUUAAUGUUUUGUCAAGUAAACAAAACUCCUAAAAGAUCAGUUUGACUCUACUUAGUGCCAACUUUGUUGGGCUUCUUGAAACUUGGCCCUGUGGUAGCCAUCAGCCUCUCCUCCUUCCUUCCCUCUUUUGCAGAGCAGGAGCACGUCCGCAGAGUAUGGAUUCAUGGUUGUUGGUGGGCGAAACCAUGUCUGUGGAGAUCUCACUUAACUGGGGCUGCUUUAGUAGGGAUUUGAAUACCAUGCAAAAUGAUGCACUAUGUCCUUUCCAGCCGAAAUCUGUUUCCUACGCCCUGAACUCUCACUUGCUAAAUUCUGUGGAAUAGUAGGAAGAUCAUCAGAGUGUGGGUGAAUGGUAUGCAGUGCUGUAAUCCCAGAAUUUGGGAAGUUGAGUCAGGAGGCCCGUGAGCUGGAGGCCAGCCUGUUCUACACAGCCUGUGACACAUGAGAGAGCUGCUGGGAGCCUAUCCUGCAUUUCCUUUCCUCUCCACGGGUAACCGAGGUGCUUCUGGGUAGCUCUUGUGAGGCACUCCACCUGCUUCAAAGAACUGCGACCCAGUGUAUUUGAGGUCAUUUUGCACCUUAAAAACAUCUGCUGGGUAUUCAUAUAGGCGUGAUGGUGUAUACCUGAAUUCUAAACAUUCAGGAGGAUGAGGCAGGAGGAUUGCUGAGUUUGAUGCACAGUGAAAUCCUGUCUCAAAAAAAAAAAAGCACUUGCUUUCUAUUUGGCAGAAAUGUGUCCCCUUUGAGCCUUGUUUUAAACAGUCAAGUUCCAUCCCUCUUUUAUUUUUGUUCAGCUCCUCCCUCACCUUGGAGCCCUGAAUGUGUUCUGAGGGUGACAGCUAGCCUGUCUUAAUUCCUGCUGGUAAACUCCUAGCAGAAUACUAGACUGGUGGCCUACCCCACAGGGGCUCAGUCUUCUGCCUUUUGAGUCCAGAUUGUCAAACAAGUAGAAAGAAGUGUCUGCGCAGUAUGCACAAUGACCCUUCUAGCCAGGGCCAUUGGGCCACUCACAGCCGUCCCGUGGCUGGUCCAGCUCUGUGCAGCAGCAGGGGCAUGCAUCUCUGGACGGCUUCAGCAUGCCGGCAGUUGUGUUGGCCACCCCGAGGACCGCCUCUGGCAGUUAGUGGCAGAACUCAGCAAUCUGCCUUUUUUAGUUAUGUUUGGUCUUUGAAACUGACAAUCUUUAAAAUGUGAAUACUGUAACAAUAUGUUUUCUUGGAUUGUUGUCUUUAAAAGGAUUUUUGUGAAGCAAUUGAUUUAUCAAAGCAAAAAAAUUAAAAAUAGAAACAUGCCUUAUGGAUGUUUUAUUCUAUAAAG